AUCUCCGUGGCGGCCAUGCGCGCCAGGCGGAGGGCCGGCGGCGGCCUGCAGGGCCCGGGCAGCGACGUCGAGAAGCUGAGCAUCCACAGCACGGAGCAGGCGUCCUGGGACAGCUACCAGGAGAAGUACCUGAGCGAGCCGUACAGCGAGGACCCCCCGGACCCCGAGGCCGCCCGCCGCCUCCUGGACUGGGACGACUACCGCACCUUCCUGGACAGCCAGUCGGACUGCGCCUCGUCGCUCAGCACCAACCCCAACAACGGGUCCCCCGCAGUGCACCGGCGCCGCAUUCGCAACCCCAACGGCCUGGAGAUGGAGGAGGGGGACAGUGACACGGACCUGGAGGACCUGCGGCAGAGGAUACAGCAGUCGCAGACGCAGUACGCGGAGCACGAGAAGAUGUUCGAGACCGAGCUGGCCUCCGUGGCGUCCAGCAUCAUCCUCGGCAAAGACUACGCCGACUUCCUGCAGACGUGCUCGGAGAACUGCCGGUGCCUGAACGCCAUCCUGGAGGACGUGGACGUGCGCGCGAGGCUCAGUCCGCAGGAGCGCCGUGACAUAGCCGGCCUGGCCAACAACUGGAGCUCGCUGCAGGACCGCGCCCAGGAGCUGCUCCGCCUCAAGAAGGAGAUGGACGCGCUCAAGGACGACCUGCUCAAGACGCGGGGUAUCGCCCUGUCGUCGGAGCUGGGCGACAUGGACCAGCUGGACGAGCGGAUCCGUCUGGUGAAGGCCGAGCACGAGUCCCUGCAGGAGCGCAAGAAGCUCAAGCUGCCGUACCUGAACCACGCCGUGCACCGCUUCCGGCAGCAGGCGCUCAAGGAGCAGGUGACGGAGCUGUACGGCAUCUACGACGACACCUACGACAUGGUGUCGCAGCACCUCUCGGACCUGCAGCAGACCAAGGUGGCGUGGCAGCAGUUCGAGCAGCACCUGGCCGAACUGCAGCGCGCGCUGCGCAGCGACCAGGACACCCUGAAGCAGGUGGACCGCGCCCUCCAGGGCGGCCAGGUGUCCACGGCCGUGGCGUCCUCGGUGCGCGAGGUGGCACGCGCGCUGUCCGAGAAGCAAGAGCACUCGUCCGUCACCAUGGGCCAGAGCUCCCUGGUGGUGCUGGCGGACGCGCAGACGGCGGCGCUGCGCUGCUCCGAGGGCGGCUCGCUGUCGGACUCUGGCAUCUCGGACACGGGGUCGGACCAGGAGCCCUCCGAGCGCGAGAGGCGGCUCGCCAACCUGAGGCGCCUCGCGCGGCAGCUGGAGGCCGUGCUGGGGCCGGGGUCCCGCGCCCUGGACAGCAUGCGGGAGAAAAUCCAGCAGACGGAGAGCGAGCUGCGUGGCCUGCAGCGCACCUGCAGGGACCUGAUCGUGCGCACGGCCGUGUGCGUGGGCGCGGCGUCCCGGACGCAUCGGAGCACCAAGUGGCGCAAGUCCCGGAAGCGCGGGCUGCGCGAGGCUGACGAGGACCCCGACGACCCCGAGGACCCCGAGACGGGCAAGUCGCGGCCGCGGCACUGGCUGUGGAGGGCCAUGCGCGCCGCGCUGCCCUUCCAGAUGGCCAUCAUGGCGCUGCUGUGCGUCGCCUGUCUGCUGGAGCCGCACUGCUGCGACGCCAUCAACAACCUCAACCUGUCGCUCAGCCCCCAGCUGCGCUAUGUCCGCGGCCCGCCGCCCGUCUGA